AUGCAACGUAAUUUUUUCCAAGAAUCGGCGUGUUUAACUAAUUUAGCAUGUUCAGUCGUUCGUAUUACACGUGUAGCAUCAUCAACAGGUCGUUCAAUUCGUGUUUUUAGUGCUGCUUCAGCCGUUUUAGGUAUUGUCACUUUGCCACUUCAGAUAAUUGAUCUUGUAAUGGAUGGACAUGCAUCACAUCAAAAUCAACCAUCUAAUGUGUCUGGUCAACUUCAAAUAUUUGAUGUCAAAAUGCUGAAUGGUCAAUAUACUCUUGAUAAUAUUGCUUCUUGUCUAUUUGGUAUUGAAACCAAUUCGUUACAGAAUGAAAAUAUCACUAUUAUCAAUCAUUUAAAAACCUUUUUUACAUUAAGUGCGGCCAAUCUAUUUUUAUUAGUCUUUUUUCUUUCACCUCGAUUGGCUCGUCAUUUGAGUAAGAAAGGUUAUUCAAUGAUACCAAGAGAUACUACGAACUAUUUAACACAACUAGUUGAUCAAAUAUUAGCACGACGUCGACAACAUUCAGAAAGACGAAAUGAUUUCAUUCAAAUGAUGAUUGAUCAUGAAGAAGAAGUCAAACAUGAAGAGCAAACUGAUAAACCGGAACGACAAUCCGCAAUACUUAAAAAGACUUUGAAUGAUAAAGAAAUACUUGGUCAAGCUCUAGUUUUCUUGGUUGCUGGUUAUGAAACAACAAGUGUAUUACUGUCAUUCUUUUUCUAUGUCAUGGCAACAGAACCAGUAAUUCAAGAAAAAGUUUAUAAUGAAAUUCAUCAAGAACUUGGAGAUGAUGAAGUUACUUAUGAAAAACUUAAUCAACUUCAAUAUUUGGAUAUGGUUAUUAAUGAAACACUUCGAAUAUAUCCACCGUUUACUAGAUUUGAGCGAGUCGCCUCGAAAGAUUACCAAUUUGGUAAUUAUGACAUACCGAAAGGUUCUAUUAUAAGCGUGCCCGUUUAUCCCAUCCAUCAUGAUCCUAAUGUUUGGCCUGAACCGGAAAAAUUCAUACCUGAAAGGUUCUUAUCGACAGAAAAAGCUAAACGACAUCCAAUGACAUAUCUUCCGUUUGGUGAUGGACCACGAAAUUGUAUUGGCAUGCGAUUUGCACUGUUAGAAGCUAAACUUGCGAUAGUCAAAGCAUUGCGUCUAGUUGAAAUACAGAAAUGUGACAAGACUGAAGUUCCAGUUCAAUUGGGUCAAUUAACAGUUUUAUCUAGUAAAAAUCCUAUUUGGUUACGUGUCGAACGUCGAUCCCAGUGA